GGGGAGGACGAGGAAGAAGCGAGGGGUUGGUGCUUUGGGCGUGCGGGGCGCUGGAGGGACGGGAGGAUGGUGCUCAUCAAAGAGUUCCGGGUUCUGCUCCCUUGCUCUGUGGAGGAGUAUCAGGUUGGACAGUUGUUCUCCGUGGCUGAGGCCAGCAAGAACAACACUGGUGGAGGGGAAGGAAUCGAGGUCCUCAAAAAUGAACCCUACGAACGGGAAGGGGAGCGGGGGCAGUACACCCACAAGAUCUACCACCUCCAGAGCAAAGUCCCGGGAUUCAUUAAGAUGUUUGCCCCUGAAGGGUCGCUAGUUGUCCACGAGAGAGCUUGGAAUGCCUAUCCCUAUUGCCGAACUGUUAUCACGAAUGAAUAUAUGAAGGAUGAUUUCUUCAUCAAAAUUGAAACGUGGCACAAACCUGAUCUAGGCGACCAAGACAAUGUCCACGGGCUUGAUGCGGAGACCUGGAAAGAUGUUGAGGUUGUCCAUAUAGACAUCGCUGACCGGACGCAGGUGUCAGACCAGGACUACAAACCAGAUGAAGACCCAGCUCUUUUCAAAUCGAUGAAGACCAACAGAGGGCCUCUUGGCCCAGACUGGAAGCGGGAACUAGCUAAUAAUGAAGAUUGCCCUCACAUGUGUGCCUACAAACUUGUGACGGUGAAGUUCCGCUGGUGGGGCCUUCAAGGUCGAGUGGAGAAAUUUAUCCAGAAGCAAGAAAGACGCCUCUUUACCAACUUCCACAGGCAGCUGUUUUGCUGGUUGGAUAAGUGGGUGGAUUUAAACAUGGCCGACAUCCGGCGGAUGGAGGAAGAGACUCAGCGGGAACUUGAUGAGAUGCGCCAGAAAGGCACAGUGAGAGGGAUGACGGCUGGGGAUGAAUGAGCGCCCCCUGCUGCCUGGGCCAAGAAGUGACAAGGUGCAGUGCGCUUUCUUAUUGGAGCCUGGACCUAUCCUUUUGGGACUCCGCUGUCAUCCCACGCCCCCUGUCACCUGGGAGGGGAACGAUGGUCUCCCAUUUUCUUUCCAUCCCACUAGUUCAAAAAUACUUCAGCCUCCCCCUGCUUAUACCAGCACGGGGCGGGAAUCCCUUUGAACUGCUGCUCCUAGGGGUUUUUUUGUUUUAUUUUUAACCGUUCGUGGAUUAACAAGUUCUUCCUCCUCCCCCUCCCACACACACAACUCACGGCUGUAUGGAAGAAGACGGCAAGGACCUUUCGUAGUGGGGGCGGGGGAGCAUUGGCGGGGUUGCAUGACUAAAAUAGCAUUAUAACAUUUAAUAUUAAUAUUCCUUCGAAUCAUGUUUCCAUCUGGGGACGAGGUCCGGAAUCCUUAAACUUGGAGACGGGGGCGGGGGACGAGGGGGGUGGGGUUGGGAAAGAGCAAGCGAAGAUUUUAUCUUAGGAGUAGAGUUUUUGCCUUCACUGCGGUGGAGGGUUAGAGUUGCCCGUCUGAGGGACGGGUGGUAACCAGUAGCCAGAGCUACGUUCCACUUGCAGGUGGUGGAUAGCAAACAGCAGCCGUUUUCUCCACAGCUUUUCCCUCAGCCGUCCUGUGGAGUCGACGGACGCCCUUGACCUGCCUCAGUUUACCAAUGGUUCUCCCCCCACCCCACCCCUUCUGAGGUGUCUGUGUUUAAACGACAUGGUUCCAGUUUUCCCAGAAUAGCUUCUUGCAUUCUUUUUUUGGCUUGAGGGUGGCGGAGAUACUCCUCAGCUUAAAGUCUGACUUCCUCUCCCAGUUCUGAAGGUGGGUGGGGUAGGUAGCCCCCCCCCCCCCAGUUUGGGAAGGGACUCAAAAACAUUUCAGCCACCCUCUGGGACUUAGCUGUGGAGAGGGGGAGACUUUAAGGCCCAAUGCUACAUUGCUAAGGAUCUGAACAGUAUUUUUUUUUAAAAAAGAAAAACACUGAAAUCUUUUUUUAAAAAGCAAAACAAAUAAAUAAACUCGAAGCUA